AUGUCAGACAAAUGGAAUCUCCAAGAUGAUAUUUCUGAGGAUGAUCCAGAGGUCUACGACCUCAUCAGAAAAGAAAAAUCCAGGCAAAGAAGGGGACUGGAGAUGAUCGCUUCAGAGAACUUUGCCAGCAAGUCUGUCCUCCAAGCUCUCGGCUCCUGCCUCAAUAACAAGUAUUCAGAGGGACAACCCGGGCAGAGGUGAAUUUUCAGUUGUAGUUGCUGAAUUUUUUGUUUGUUUUUACAACUUUCUUCACAUUAAUCCUGUAUUACUUCAAAUGGGGCAGACGUCAUCUCUUUUUGCUCUUGUCUGUCUCUACCCUCUGUGUCUCAACGUGCUGUUUGCUUUCUCAGACUCUCAAUUUAGUUUACUUCUUGUAAGUUUCCUUUGGCCUCCCAUACCCUCUUUCCCCAAGUUUGGGCUCAAUUUUAACCUUGACCUGUUGUUACUAGUUGUGUAUUUCUUCUGGAGCUUACAACUUUAAACGGCUUUAACCUCCUUUAAUUUGUCUCUAUCAAGUAAAUCAAAUUCAUGUUCUCCUUACAUUUUGCUUAUCUAUAUCUAUUUUGGUUCACCUUUAAAAAUUACCUGACUUAACAAUGUGAAUUUUCCAGAUACUAUGGUGGCAAUGAAAUCAUUGAUCAGGUAGAAAGAUUAUGCCAGAAGAGAGCUUUGGAUGCAUAUGGCUUGAGUUCUGCAGAGUGGGGUGUUAACGUCCAGCCUCUUUCCGGCUCGCCUGCCAACUUUGCAGUGUACACGGCUUUGGUUGAACCACAUGGACGCAUAAUGGGUCUCUACUUGCCAGAUGGUGGCCAUCUAAGUCAUGGUUUUAUGACCAACCAGAAAAAAGUUUCAGCCACGUCUGUUUUCUUUGAAUCAUUUCCUUACAAACUCGAUCCCAAAACAGGCUUAAUUAACUAUGAUGAACUCGAGGCCAACUCCAAGCUCUUUUUACCUAAAAUGAUUAUAGCAGGUGAGAUGUGACAGAAUUUACAUUUUAACAAAUUUUACGAAUUAAAAAAAACAACUCCUUAUUAUCAUUAGUUUCCGUCACGUCACCUAAUGCACAAGUAAUCCUGAGCUGCUCUGUUUGAGCUUAAAUGGCUUAUACUUAGACCCUUCAAAAGAGGGAUUUUGACUUAUAAUGGGUUAGAGCGUUUUUUUGUUUUUUCUGGCUCAUUAUGAAACCAUUGUUAAAUAGAAGUUUAAUGGUUUUAUGAACCACAAGCGCUUUAUGAAAAACAGUGCUGAAAAAUUACAUUAUUCUGGUAUGGAAAACCUGUAGGGUCGAAAGGUUUUAUAUGUAUUUUAAAUUUUAUCCAUGGUAAAUAAAUUCUUAAACUGUUCUUCAGUUAACAAUUAAUUUCUAAACCAUCAUGUAAGUAAGCUGGUCCUCAUGGAUUGCCUUAUUGAAUUAUUACAUUUUCUACAAUACCAGGUAUUAGCUGCUACUCCCGUGAUCUGGACUACAAGCGUUUCCGACAAAUUGCUGACGGUGUAGGGGCUUACCUUCUUGCAGAUAUGGCUCAUGUAAGUGGGCUGGUGGCUGCCGGGCUUGCUCCAAACCCAUUUGAAUAUUGUGAUGUUGUCACCACUACCACCCAUAAAACAUUGCGUGGGCCCAGAUCUGGGCUUAUUUUUUUCAGAAAAGGUAUGAAUUCUUCUGUCUAUUAUUAAAUUACUGUUUUCAGGAAGGGUAUGAAUUCUUCUGUUUGCGAUUAAAUUACUGUUUUCAGGAAAGGUAUUAAUUCUUCCAUUAGUUACUUUCCAUUCCUUUAUUUAUUUGUUUUACACUUGGCUUGAACACUUCAUCUGUCCAGUGCCGAUCCGAUCCUCUUGCUGUGUCCUUUCUGGGUCAUUUUUAAUAAUUUUGACUAGAUAUAAUGAGAUACCCAAAGUACUGAGAAUGGUCUUGGGGAGUUCUUUAACACUAUGAACUUUACACUUUCUUAAUGAAAAUAUUGUGGUUAUUCAAUAGUAUGUUAUUUUAACACUGUUUUAAUUAAUUUCAUAAAUAAACAUUUCAGAGCGAGUCAUGUUAGUCAUUGGAAUUUUGUUGUUUGGGAUUUACAUAUACGGAAAUAUUUUUCUGGUAAUUUAUAUUUGUAAUAAAUAAUCAUUUAAAUUAAAGGUUAUUCUUUGCCUUGUCAUGUAAGGUUACAAUGUGUGUUAAUGUGUACAUAUUCGAUUUACAGGUGUUAGACGAGUGUUAAAUGAUGGUAAGAAAGAGUUGUACGAUUUAGAGAAGAAAAUCAAUGAAGCUGUAUUUCCGGGUCUUCAAGGGGGACCACAUAAUCAUCAAAUUGCCGGUGAGACUUUUACCUGUUUAAUUUACCUUGUGCAAAAUGACAUCUGUUUUACUUGUAUUUAUAAAAAGGGAUUGCUUUGCAAUUUUAAGUUGGUUUAUGAAGAUUAUUUGUUAAUGAGCACUUGUAUUAACUAAGCUCAUGAAUUCUUUACUUCCAAAUAUCAGCUGUUGCAGUAGCAUUGAAGCAAGCUACCACCCCUGAGUUCAAACUGUAUCAGCAGCAGGUUGUUAGCAAUGCCAAGACUAUGUGCCAAUUUCUUUUAGACAAAGGAUACACUGUCGUCUCAGGUUUGCUUACCAUUUAUAGAAAAAUUAUUUAGAUCCAUUUCCUACUUUUGUUGUUUCUAAGGCUUUUGUGACAAAGAAUUAUUUAGAAAAUUAUACAUUUUUAAUACUCAUUCAUGUUGUUAGUAGACAUGGGUAUUUUGCUUUAGAACUAAAACUUGCAGCUUCAAAAACUUGAUAGCUUAUUAUUUAGAACUAAAACUUGCAGCUUCAAAAACUUGAUAGCUUAUUAUUUCAUGUAACAGGAGGCACAGACAAUCACCUGGUUUUGGUAGACUUGCGCAACAGGGGUCUGGAUGGACCGAGGGGCGAAUAUAUUUUGGAGGAGAUUGGCAUUGCUGUUAAUAAGAACACUUGUCCUGGGGACAAAAGUGCUCUCAAGCCUAGCGGCCUGCGACUCGGCACACCUCCUCUCACAUCUAGAAACUUGAAGAACGAAGAAUUUAUUAAAGUGAUGGAGUUUUUCGAUGAAGGUAAGCAAGACUUUUGAACAUGAUCUUUCUUGUCUUAAAAUUUGUUAAUAAGACGUUCUUGUUAAAUAUUGCUACUGCUUUUUGUGGCUACUUAUAAAAUACUUUGUCACUGGUAAGUUGCUAAAGAAAUCAAGAAUUCAGGCAAAGAGUUUAAUUAAAUAUUAAUGUUUCCUCAUCAACUUUUUUUGGGAUGUCCUUAAAUGAUUGCCACUUUGAAGGACUUGCUUAAAUUAUUUUCAUUAAUUAUUAAUGAAAAUAUUAUGUUAAAUGGGUUGUUGAAUGUAUCACAGUAACAUUGCCUGAUUAUAUUUGAUCAAUCCUAUCUGAUCUAAUAUCAAUAUUCAAUCAAAGUUUUGGAAGGGUUUAAAAAAUAUGCUAGAAUUUAGUGGACAUUCUCUAAUGGAGGUCUUUAAAUUAAUUCUGAGUGAUAACCUUUUAAACACAGUAAGUUAUUUACUGGAUUGUGCGGCCUUUUAAAAUUUCUUGUAUUUGUAUUCAAUUUGCAGCCAUUAACCUUGCCCAAGAAGCCAAUAAAGAGAGUGGUCCAUUGCUGAAAGAUUACAAAGCUAAGCUCCUAGCUCCAGAGUUUAAGGAUCGUGUUUUAGAUCUGAAGGAGAGGGUAGGAAACUUUGCAGUGGCAUUUCCACUUCCUGGUUUCGACGAUUGGUAGGGUGUAGUUUCCAGGUGUAAAAACUGUAACAUGAGUUUGAACAUUUGUUAAAAUAUACAUUUUUAUGUAAAUUGAACGUGGCUACGAAGAUUUUAUUUGGACUUAAUUGCAGUGUAAUCUAUCAUACCAUAUUGUAUGGCCUUGCAAUAAGUUAGCGCACCAUAAGAUCUGAUAUUCAACAGCUCAAUGAGGAAAUUUUACAAGGACUGUUCAUUGCAUUCAUUUUUAAGAAUGGCCGAGAAUUCUUUUUUAAUAUUCAAAUUUGAUAUUAACUCAAUUACACUGGAGCACUGAGCAAAAUUUAUUUAUGCUUUGCUAUGAAUUUUAUGAAUUUAACAUAUCGCUUGUGGAAUAUUUAUACAAUUAAAGUUUGGGGAAUAUUUUCAUUACAUUAGAUUGUAGGAUUUUUUUUUCUUAAAGAUCUUUUUAUAAAUACAAUCAUUUGAUUUUUUAGAUGAUUUAGAUGUUAAAACUUAAAUCCUGAUUAGGCCUAAAGUUUAACGAUGGGUUUUUAAUGCAGAAUUUUAGUUGAGUUAUUUCCCAAAAUAUAAAAAUAAACUUUUUACUUUUUUAAAAAAUGGGGGGUGGUAAAAAAUUACAAAGAUAACUUAGAAUUAGAAAAUAAGCUUUGAAUUAUUAUAUAAAUUAAAAUGUUAAUGAAUUUAAUUUCUUUCGAUGCCACCUCGUACCCAGGUUGGAAAACCUUGGCCUGGUGAUAUCAGUUUUUUUAUUGGUUGUGGGUAUAAUGCUUUAACACUAAUAUGGGGAUGUUUUUAGUAGUAAGUGUAACGUUUAGCUUUCGAGUGGUUGUCUGAUGAUCAUUGUUAAAUUUCAGUGGCUACAUGUCACUGAAAAAAAAAAAAAGCACUAUUGACAGUACAUAACUUUUGUUUUAAAAGUUAAUAUUGUAUAAUUAACCAUUAUGUUGUUUGAAAUAUCUUCAAAUUUAAACAAUACAUUUGUUGUUGCCAUGUU